GGUGGGGUUCCUCUAUCUAUAAAGCAAAGAGAGAAAUUCAGAGUUUCAUUCAUCAAAAACCCAGAAAACCCGUAAUCUUCAAAAUCCUAUCUUCCAACUUAAACAAUCUGUUGUUCUAAAUUGGUGUUCGAAUCAGCAUUGAUAAAGAAAAUGGGCCUCUCAAGUCUGCCAUCGCCAUCCGAAGGAGUGCUAUGUGCACUUCUUGUUAACACUGUGCUCUCAGUCUCCAUAUUUAAAGGCAUUGUUAGGACAAUCCUUCACAUUGUUGGCAUCCACCUUUCAUCAUCCUCGGUUUCGCCAUCGUCCUCUUCGCCAAAUGCCACCUCCCAGAGCCAUCAACCAUCCGAGUCAUUCGAGUUCCUCCUUAGCCCCUCAGAAACAUUCAUCGAAGAGUUUAGGAGCCGGACGCCUACAAUCCGCUUCGACAGCAUGUUCUCCUGUGGAAAACCUGAACAUGACUGCUGUGUGUGCCUCUCUCAAUUUGAGCCGGAAUCUGAGAUAAACCGCUUGCCCUGCGGCCAUCUCUUCCACAAAGUGUGCUUGGAGAAGUGGUUGGAUUAUUGGAACAUCACAUGCCCACUUUGCAGGAACCCUUUGAUGCCUGAAGACAAUGAUCCAUGGCUCUUAGUAAGCAAUGAAUGAGUGAAAUCAUGCUUUUGCUAAAGGAAUGAGUGUGAAUGUUUCAUUAUCAUUGUACAGUUUUUAGUGUACAUAUCCUUUUUUUUUUUUUUUGAUGUUGAUGCAUCUUGAUACCCUUUGCCACUUUAUAUGAUCUUAGUUUGGAGUUUGGGGCGGGGUUUGUUUUCCCUUUAUCUAUGUUUUGUUUGUGCUCUUCAAGCACAGACUGAGGGAUACAUACUUUUUUGCUUGAAACUUGAAAGUUAUAUCUAUGUUUGCUC